ACCAAGGUUGCAGGUUGGCUACAGAAAUAGGAGAAGAAUAGUAUGUGAGCCCCAUAUAAUCCUCCCCACGUCGUCGUGCUCGUUUUGCGCGUCAACCAGCCCGCCCCCCAACCCCACCCAGCGCGACGAAGCCGGGGGGCGAUCGCUCCAGCGCCGCCGCGCCAGCGACCUCACCCCCCGGGAGCCGCCGGCGGUACCCCCCUCCCUAUCACGCCUCAUCGAAUCCUCAGAUCUAAGUUUUUUUUGGUUUUGUGAGUUAUCCAAAGUUGGACCGCAAAGAUGAGUACUGCUAAUCACUAUCAGCACAUCAAGUCAACCAAGCCUGUUGUAGGCAAAGCAAGAAAAUUGAAGGAUCUCAUGAUAAAAAGUGAUAAUAGGAUAUGCGCUGACUGUGGUGCACCUGAUCCCAAAUGGGCAUCUACUAAUAUUGGAGUGUUUCUUUGCUUAAAAUGUGGAGAUGUUCAUAGGGCACUUGGACCUGACAUUUCAAAGGUUUUAUCUGUAACUUUGGAUGAUUGGUCUGACAGUGAUAUCGACUCCAUGGUUGAGGUUGGUGGAAACUCAUAUGCAAAUUCAAUUUAUGAGGCUUUUCUUCCAAAAGAUCACCCAAAACCCAAACCAGAUUCAACGAUGGAAUAUAGGACGAAAUUUAUAAGAGCUAAGUAUGAGACACAAGAUUUUUUGAAGCCAAGUUUGCGCAUUUCAUCAAGAUCAUCUUUUAAAUCUACCAAUUCUGUGAAGAGUGUAGAUAGCAAUUUCUCUAGCACUUCAAGGAAGGAUAUCUCUGAAGAUACAAGAGAAUUUGUUGGAGAGCUGAAUAUUACAGUCGUGAAAGGUACUAACUUGGCCGUUAGAGACAUGCUAACAAGUGAUCCAUAUGUUGUUUUAACACUCGGAGGGCAGAAAGCUCAAUCGACAGUUAAAAAAAGUGAUCUUAAUCCGGUAUGGAAUGAAAUGCUUAAGAUUUCUGUUCCUCGAAAUUACGGACCUCUAAAACUUGAAGUGUAUGACCAUGAUACGUUCUCAGCCGAUGAUAUCAUGGGUGAAGCAGAGAUAGAUCUCCAACCAAUGAUCACAGCCGCCAUGGCCUUUGGAGAUACUUCACGUCUUGGUGACAUGCAAAUUGGGCGGUGGUUCACGACCAAAGACAACGCCCUGAUGAAAGAUAGCACAGUGAAUGUCGUUGCAGGCAAGGUAAAACAGGAGGUGCACUUAAAGCUGCAGAACGUAGAAUCUGGUGAGCUGGAGUUAGAGCUAGAAUGGGUUCCGAUCCUCUAGACUAUGAUAACUCCCCUGAUCCUUUUGUCUAAAAAACUAUCCUCAAGAUGCAUCAAAAUUUUCAAGCUGUCCACUUUGAUGAUCUUGGACAUUUUUGCUGGAUGGCUUGAAUUUGUUAAAAAAAUGUCAUUGUUAAAUAUCCUGGUGUAACUGUCAGCUAUAAUCACAGCCUUUCAUUUUCCCCCCUUUGGUUGUCAUGCCUUGUAACUACUCGCCGUCUCUUGAUUGUUGUUGUAUUGUCCCAUUGAAAGGACAUGUGUAUUAUAAGAGAUGGGCAAUUAUAGCUAGUGAACUCUUUAUGCUGAUUCCUUUUUGGCGCGCGCUGCAGUAGCUAUCGUGUUAUUGGUUUUCCCGGAGCUUUCUCUAGCCGUGUCUUGUCCGCUCAGCUUUGUCGUUGGAGAUGCUGCUGCACCGGUUUCUGAAAAGUGACAUUUUGCUGACACUUUAUUCUUACCAUUCAUCGAUAAUACUUGUAUGGUAUGUAAAAUAAUACUCGUUCCGUUCUUUUUUAUUUGUCGUCAUUUAGUUUAAAAAUAAAGACGACAAAUAUUCGAGAACGGAGGUUGUAUAACGCAUUGUGUGGAACAUGUUGCUUCAGUUUCAUCAGGAAAAAAAAGUCGUUGCAAUCUGAUGCUCCCUGUGGCGGAACACGUUGCGUGAAUCAGGUCACGAACGCAGUUCGUCGUGUUUGCUUCGCACCGAUGCGACGAAUGCCUCGGUGGCGAAAGACCCGGGACCUAAACGCCAUUUUGGUGGUCUCGCACUCCGGGCUCAAGCGGCGGCGACACCCAUUUUAGUCCCUGAAACUGAAACCCGCCUGCACCCAAACUACAAGCAUUAGCCGCCUGCACAAUUUUCUGCACGAGCUGCGCUGCCAACUAGCUUUGUCCACCAAAGAUCCUCGCAUUCCUAUUGUCCUAUCCAAUGUGAUGUCCAGUGCACACCUAUGUGCAGCCCUCUCUUCAGUUCAAUGUAACUCAUGUCCAAUUCAUUACCGGACACGUCUGGUGCUGUUGUGCAACCAAUUAUUUCGUUUCUUUGUGUUUUUAGAUCUUCAAUAAGUAUUUUUAAAGUAUUGUUUGAGCUGUUGAUCUUAUCCAUUAUCAUUUUGCCUUUGUUCAAGCCCACGUUGCAACUUUUAAACUAUAACCAAAAACACUAGCAGGCAUUGAUAGUUCAACUGGUUAUGUUAAUUAUCAAACACCAAAACUCAUUUGUUAAAUAGACCUUGGUCCAUUUUCUUACAGUAUUUAUCAAACAUCAGUAAAAUGUCUGUAACUAUGGCAUGCAUAUUUGAGCAAUAGACACUUAGAAGUUGUGAGUCAGAACCAUCAUCAGAAAAUUGUAGCAGCUACCAACAGCUCCACAAUUCAACAUCAGAGUCAUGUGAAAUUUGACUAUUUCAGUAGCAUGUAUAUCAAUUGACUAAAUAGUCAGCAAGAUUUCACUUCGUAAAAGAAUCAGCCGUAUUGGUGUUACUAUUAACGAACAGCGAGCAUCACAGCUAAUGUGGCACCCAUGUUACAAUAUAACCUUCCCAGAAUAGUAACGAACUGUAAAUGAAUAGCUUCAUUUUCAUAUUGAAUAGAUCUCAAGUGUUCCAAAACCAAAGGCUGCUCACAAAUGCCCAGAGCAAGCAAAACUGAAUGGUAUUACAAAGUGCAAUAAACAUAGCUGAAGAACUUA